GAAAAACCCUAGUCUUUUGCCAUCUCGUCCCUCUGUUGCCUCUCUAAACCCUAGCUUCUACAUUUCUCCUCCCUGAGAUAUCUACGAUGGCUUUCUGUAAUAAACUCAGCGGUCUUUUGAGAAACACGGUUACCCAGAACGCACAGGUUCCUGUUUCAUCUCUGCCCUAAACCCUAAACUGUAUUUAGAAUCAAUUACGACUUUGCAAUUAUAAUUACACGGUUUUAUUAAGGGUUACGGUCUUUUCGAAAAAAAUUUAAUGGGUUAUAUUUUUGUGGGUGUAGCCGAGAAAUGAGUGCCAUAGGUUUGGUAUACCUUACUCAUUUACCCAAAUUAUGGGGUGUGAGCAGAAGAUCAUGGCCUUUGCAUAGGAUAGAGUGCUAUGCGAUCUUCCAAUCUGGAUUUUGCAGUUUUGAAGGAGGCGAUGCCGUUUGCCCAGAAAACAGUGGAUCUGAUUCCGAGAACGAAUGGGAGAAGCUACUUAAGCCAUUCGAUCUCGACUCUCUUAGGAGAUCGUUUCAUAAGAUCACGCCUUUUGAGCUCUGUAAGUUACUGGAGUUUCCUCUCGAUAUUUCUACAUCAAUGGAGUUGUUCGAGUUGACGGGUUCUCAGAAGGGUUACCGUCACUCCUUCGAAGUGUACUGCGUUCUUAUCGAUAAACUUGGAGCCGCUGGUGAGUUUAAGACUAUAGAUAGGUUGUUGAUGCAGAUGAAAGAAGAAGGGAUCGUUUUUCGAGAGUCCGUAUUCAUCUCCAUAAUGAGACACUACGGAAGAGCUGGUUUCCCAGGACACACUACGAGGUUGUUACUAGAAAUGCGGGAUGUUUUCUGCUGCGAACCCACUUUUAAGUCUUACAACUUAGUGUUGGAUAUUCUUGUCGCUGGUGAUUGCCAUAAAUUUGCAGCUAAUGUGUUCUACGAUAUGCUUAACAGAGGCGUUUCUCCCACUGUUUUCACGUUUGCGGUGAUGAUGAAAGCUUUCUGUGCAAUCGGCGAAGUUGAUUCUGCUCUGUCACUUCUCAGAGACAUGCCCAAGCAUGGUUGUGCCCCAAAUUCCAUAAUCUACCAGACUCUCAUUCAUUCUCUGUCAAAGGGCAAUAGAGUGAAUGAAGCGCUUAAACUUCUCGAGGAUAUGUUUGUAAUGGGCUGUAACCCUGACACUGAGACGUUUAAUGAUGUCAUCCAUGGUCUAUGCAAGCUUGAUCGGAUCCACGAGGCAGAGAAAUUGGUUAACCGCAUGCGGGUCAAAGGAUUUACUCCCAAUAGUUUAACUUACGGCUUUUUGAUGAAUGGACUGUGUAAAACGGGCCGAGUUGAUGAUGCAAAGAUGCUUCUUUCCGGAAUUCCUGAACCAAAUGCUGUGCUUUUCAACACCUUGAUUCAUGGCUAUGUGACAAGCGGGAGGCUAGACAAAGCUAAAUGUGUUUUAUCAGAUAUGAAUGCUUCUCGUGGGUACGUUCCUGAUCUCGUCACAUAUAACACAUUGAUUCAGGGAUUUUGCAAGGAGGGUCGUGUGGGUUUAGCUCUCCAAGUGCUUCACGAAAUGAGGAACACCGGUUGUCAGCCGAAUGUUGUGUCUUACACUACUCUUUUUAAUGGGCUGCACAAGUUGGGUCAGGUAGUCGAAGCCUACAAUAUUCUGGAUGAGAUGUCCAGAGAGGGCCUGAGAUUGAACACCGCAGGUUUCAACUGUUUGAUAUCUGCCCGAUGCAAGGAGGGAAGAAUCCGCAAAGCCGAGGAGAUUUUGACUGAGAUGCGGAGUAAAGGGUGCAAACCUGACAUUUUUACAUUCAAUUCUCUUAUAUCCGGAUUCUGCAAGGAUGAAAACAUCGAAGAUGCCUUGCGCAUAUACAGGAAUAUGCUAUCAGAGGGUGUCGUUGCCAAUACCAUGACCUACAAUAUACUGAUCCGAGCAUAUCUCAGAAGAGGUGAAAUAAAAGAAGCCCAGAAGCUCGUGUAUGAGAUGAAUUUAAGGGGAUGCAUGCUGGAUGAUAUAACGUACAACAGUCUGAUAAAAGAAUUCUGCAGGGCGGGGGCUGUGAAUAAAGCGUGUGGCUUGUUUGAAGAGAUGAUGGGGAAGAGGCUGGUUCCGAGCAGCAUCACGUGUAACAUACUGAUAAACGGGCUGUGCCAAAGGGGGAAGAUAAAAGAGGCGGAAGAGGUUCUGAGGGAGAUGAUAAGGAGGGGGUUGACACCAGAUAUCACCACAUUUAACACAAUGAUAAAUGGAUUAUGCAGGGGAAGGAGGAUAAGAGAGGGUCUGAAAAUGUUUGAGCAACUCCAGGUUGAAGGGAGAAUGACACCAGACACUGUAACCUACAACACAUUGAUGAGUUGGCUGUGCAAAGAAAAUGAAGUUGAUGAAGCUUGUUCCCUUCUAAGCAGAGGUGUGGAGAAUGGUUUUAUUCCAAACCAUAUAACUUGGUCCAUAUUGCUCAGCCAAGGUUGCAACCUAACUCUGAGAGUAGCCUCCGACCCCCAGGCUGCGAUCGUUUGCUAGGGGCGUCAAAUGAAGGAAGAAUCUGCUAUAACCCAAAUCAACUUCCUCACACCAGCUGUCUCAGCACCUGUUAACUAAUCUCGGGCUGGCCAAACCAGAUUACAAAGGCAGAAGAGCUCAAGCACACACAGAUUUACCAGUCAGAGUCGCCCCACCCACAUGAACCAGGAAAUGGUUGCUACAUCGGUUUUAGUUAAUUUAAAUGUCACCAAGCAGCUGAAAUCCAUGUCAUGAAUUUGAUACGAAAACGAAACAUGAUUUUUUUUUACUGUAAUCUUUUUAUAUAUUUU